UCCUAGCAGGCAGACAGGAGUGAUCUAACACCCACGUUUGACAUAACAAUAGGAAAUAUUACGUGCCCAGUGUUAAAAGUUUAGCGUAAGGCAGUUUACGACGGUCUAAGAAAACGAAGAUAAAGCUGAAUAAGUCCCAACAAUGAAGUCCAUGCUGAUAGCGGUCUGCCUCGUCGCCGUGUCAUGCUGCUUGGCUGCCGAUGUCCCUGGCUGUCAGCACGAAACUUGUACAAAGUGUAUACGCCAUCGCACUUGCAUCUGGUGCUCACAGAAUAACACCGAGACCAGAUGGCCAAGUUGUAUCAGCGAUAAACACCCUGAUUUAGAGAAGUGGCUGGACUGGUGCGACACUGAAGCCGUCGAACCGGGGAUGACUUACAGCGUGAUCAAAGACGAGCCUUUGUCUGACGAUGAUGAGGUCGAGAACAUUGUGCAGCUGAGCCCGCAGGAGGUUAACCUUACAGUCAGAAUUCAGGAACCCUACAAUUUCACCUUGACCUACAGCCACUCGGCCAAUUAUCCAGCUGAUGUCUACUACAUGAUGGAUGGAUCUCAGUCCAUGGCAGACGACAAGGACAUGUUAUAUUCCCUUGGCGAACAGCUGGCAGAAGGGAUGAAGGAGAUCACCAAUAACUUGUACCUCGGUUUUGGCAUCUUCAUUGACAAGCCGGUUUUACCUUACAUUUCCACCGUUCCGAAAGUGACACCACCCUACAGUUUCAAGAAUGCUCUUCCGCUCACUAGCAAUGCCUCAGCUUUCACGGAUGAGGUCAAGCGAGCGGAGGGCGGCACCAACCAGGACUUCCCUGAGGGCGGAUUCGAUGGCCUCAUGCAAGCCAUAGUGUGUGAAAAGGACAUCAAGUGGCGCAAUGUCAGUUUUCGGGUGAUCAUUUUUUCCACGGACGCUGGUUUCCACUUCGCCGGGACGGAAGGGCUAAACAUGUUUGUCAUGCCACAGAAACGUCCACUGAUAUCGUUAGAUUCGCGAGGCAACAGUACAACCUGUAAUACAACUGUGCCACGGAACAAAGACAUCCAUGCUGUAGAUCCAAAGUCAGAAUUCCUUGCUUUCAGUUGA